AUGCUUUAUGAUGGAAUUUUCGAUUUUACUAUACUUGACAUUUUUCUUCGUGUUUUUCCUUUCCUCAUUUCAUUGUUUUUUUUCUCUUCUAUUCAUUCUCUUUCUUUCUUUCUUUCUUUCUUUCUUUCUUUCUUUCUUACUACACUGUUUCCAUCCACCUAUUGUCUCGCUGCUAUCCCCUUCAUGAAUCAUUUAAAUGUUAUUCUGGACACUUUUUUUCUUCUUUUUCUUUUCAGUUAUAAGCUUGUUUCAAUAGCACGGCUUAUGAACCGUUUGCCUUCUCACUUGUGUUUUUUUCAUCUAUCUCAUCCUGUCUAUAUCUAUCUAUCUAUCUAUCUAUCUAUCUAUCUAUCUAUCUAUCUAUCUAUCUAUCUCAUCCUGUCCAUGUCUAUGUAUUUCAUCCUGUCCAUAUCUAUCUAUUUGUCUAUCUAUCUAUCUAUCUAUCUAUCUAUCUAUCUAUCUAUCUAUCUAUCUCAUCCUGUUCAUAUCUAUCUAUCUAUCUAUCUAUCUAUCUAUCUAUUUCUUCGGGUGAAAUUCCGACGGAUGAAAGAAGAAAGUUUGUCAUAUUUUUUAAAUACUCUCUCUCUCUCUCCCCCCUCUCUCUCUCUCUCUCUCUCUCUCUCUAUCUAUCUAUCUAUCUAUCUAUCUCGAUCUAAGCAUAUUUUCUAA